UCGCUCUCCAGAUCAUGGGACAAAGGCCACAGCAGCUUUACUGAGGAAAAGCUCCUCCAUGUCGACAUCCGUCGUUUCCGCUGGAUUUCAUUCACAGAGAUGGUCCAGGAUCACACGGCUCGCGCUUCUUUCAUCUCUUAACGACGUUUGUGCAGUUGCUUGUGUUCAUAAACCCCCGCGCCGGUUGAGCGCAGGACAGACCAGCGUCUGGACAUCUCACUCAUGCGGCUCUCCGGAUCUCCUCUCAGACUCCUCUGCUCUCUGCUCCUCAUGCGGCUCUGGCCCGUCGCUGCGGAUCAUCCGGGAGUCUGUCCCAAUCACCUGAACCUGAACCUGUGGGUGGAUGCGCAGAGCACCUGUGAGAGGGAAUGCCAGACCGACCAGGAUUGCGCUGCCUUUGAGAAGUGCUGCACUAACGUGUGUGGCCUGCUGAGCUGCGUGGCGUCCCGCUUCUCUGACGGCUCCUCCGAUGACGGUCAGUCGGGGGCGGGAGUUUCAGCAGGAGGCGUGGCCAGCUGCGAGGGGUUUGUGUGCAGCCAGCAGGGGGCGGUGUGUGACGUGUGGGAGGGGCAGCCGGUGUGUAAAUGUCAGGACCGCUGCGAGAGCGAGCCCAGCUUCACCUGCGCCUCCGACGGCCUCACGUACUUCAACCGCUGCUACAUGGAUGCAGAGGCCUGCGUUCAGGGUGUCACGCUCACCGUGGUCACCUGUCGUUAUCACCUGUCUGGCCCAAACGCCAGCCCUCUGCCGCAGGACACCACGGCUCAACCCACGUCUGCAGCCGCCGACGACUCCGAGCCCUUCCCGCCGACGCUCUACUCCAACCCCCAGCAGCAGGUGAUUUACCUGGGCGGAACGGCCAGCUUCCACUGCGACGUGAUCGGACACCCGAAGCCGGACAUCAUCUGGGAGAAGCUGUCCGAGGGAGGAGAGCGAAUCCUCAUGCGCCCGGACCAGAUGUACGGGAACGUCGUCAUAACCAACAUCGGUCAACUGGUGGUGUAUAACGCCCAGGUGUGGGACACAGGAAUCUACACCUGCAUCAUGCGAAACACCGCAGGAGCGCUGCGGGCUGAUUACCCGCUUUCCGUCGUGAGGCGCGACAGCGAGGACUUCUUCGACGACCCUGAGGCAGGUUUGCCGCUGGGACAGCCGUUCUCUCCGGCCGACUGCUGGGCCCCCGUGGAGCGGGGUGAGUGCGGCGAGCAGCGGGUGGACUGGUACUACGACUCGGCCCGGGGCGAGUGCCAUGUGUUUGCGCACGGAGGCUGCGAGGGCGGCCGCAACCGCUUCGAGACGUAUGAGGAGUGCCGGGUGUCGUGUCAGCGCGAGGGGCUGGGUGUGUGCUCGCUGCCGGCUGUGCAGGGCCCCUGUAAGCUCUGGGAGCCAUGCUGGACCUACAACAGCCUCAUGAAACAGUGCCUGGCCUUCAUCUACGGCGGCUGCCACGGCAACAAGAACAACUUCCGCACGCGUAAAGAAUGUGAAGCCACCUGCCCGCAGCCCAAGCGGCAUCCGUGUAAAAACUGCCGGCCGAAAGGAAAGAUCGUGGCGAGUCUUUGCCGCAGCGACUUUGCCAUCGUGGGACGGCUCACAGAGCUAAUCGAGGAGUUGGACUCGGGAAUCGCACGGUUCCACCUGGAGCAGGUGCUGCGUGAUGAGAAGAUGGGCCUGCAGCUCUUUGAAACACAACACCUGGAGGUGCUGCUGGCGCGCAUGGACUGGAGCUGCCCGUGUCCCAACAUCACGCAGCACCAUGAGCUCCCCCUGCUGGUGAUGGGCGAGGUGCAGGACGGCACGGCCGUGAUCCUGCCCAACAGUUACGUCAGACCCAUAUCUGACCGACGCCUCAAGAAGAUCCACGAGGUUCUGGGCAAGAAGACUUGUGAGAUGCUGCAAAGGUUCCAGGACUGA